AUGUUACUGAAGCAAAUUCAGUCACUAUUAGAGAAAGCGCUACCGGCGGAACAGGCGCUUUCAGAAGUGGUAGGAACUGCUGUGGACAAGUGCAAUAACUACUCUCGUUUAAAAUGGGUUCCAAGCAAAGGAAAAAUCUGAUGCAGUUUUCCUAGACCUGUCAUUAACCUACGACACGGUCUGGAAGAGAGGUCUUUUUGUUCAAACUAGCGAGAAUCAUAAAAUGUAAAGCGACCUUAGCUCUAAUGGAAGGCUUACUGUCAAAUAGGAAAUUCAAAAUCUGCCUAAAUGAAGUUGUAAGCCAUAUGGAACCUCUCCGAAACGGCCUCCCGCAAAGCUCGGUUCUCUCUCACAUUCUUUUCAAAAUUAACACAGUGGAUAUUCCGAAAACAACCUCAAGUUAAUUAAUUUAUGCCGACGAUGUGGCAUAAUGAAAAUCGUUUGAAGAAUUAGAGAAAACUCUCGGUAAGAAUUUACUUAAAUUAAGGAAGUACUUUGAUAAAUGACAUACAACACUAAACUCCAGUAAAAUCGUUGCCACAGCGUUCUACCUAAACACUCGAGAUGCAAGAAGUUCGCUAUAAUUAACCGUUAACAAUACCAGUAUAACAAAUGACGAGUACCCCCGUUAUUUGGGAGUUAAACUAGAAAGAACCCUUACAGACAACAUAUUGAUGCCAUGAAGAACAAGCCGAAGUCCAGAAACUGCUCUUUAGCGGACCAGAAUACGACUACAGUUACGUCGUUUUCAUACCUUAUACAUUAUGCGUUUGUUAUAUCUAAACACAUUGAAGCAUUUAGUCUAUUUUAGCAAAUUUUGCAGUUUUCAUUGUUCUACUGGAGCAGCGAUAUUAACGAAAAUAAUUGUUAUUUCUCAUUAAUGAUACUUAAAAUGUGUAUAAAUAUAAUGUGUAAUAUAUGUAUAUGUCGUAUCCACUUAGUGUAAUCGUAUUUUUCAUGAAAUGGAAACUCUUAUUUUACACUUUGUGUAAUAUUUUAAAUUAAUUACAUCAAUAGGUAACUUUUCGUGAAAUCGAAAUAAUAACAUUGAUACUGGUACGUAUCUCACCGUACUAUAUUUAUUAUUAAUAAAUAGUAAAGAUGAGAUAUCGACCGUUCAACAGAUAAAUUUUAGUCGAUAAAAUAUAUAUUUAAUCAAAAUUAAAUUGAAUCAAUUGUAUAAGUGUGAUACGACCAAGGCAUUCUGGAAAAUCUGUAUAUUAUAUUAUUUUUAUAUGAUGCCAGUACGUCCUUUAACUUGAAGCGAGCCGUAUAUUAGCGUUAAAAUGGAAUUUGAUUAAUUUUCUGAAUUUUAUGAACAGUUAAAUGCAUACUACGUAGACAAGCCUGGGAAAAAGCCACCUACCAAAAUUGACGUUCAAUUAUGGAUUGAAGACAUUUUAGCAGCAAAAGUAAAAAUGUAAGUAAUCGUUAAAAUAUACAAAAUAUUAGUAAAUAAAAAUUAUAUAUUAAGACACUUCAAAUAAAAUUAUUACAAUCAGCCAUCAGGGCUUGUCUUACAAACACGUAACAUAGCAAAUUUACGCUCAGCAGUUCACGUUUUAUUCUGUUGGAUUAAAAAUUAGAUAAUAAAUAUUUAAAUAAUAAUAUUUAAUAUUUACAUGAAUUAUUAGUUUAUAAUUUGAAAUUUACAUUAUUUUAUAGUGGUAAAAAAAAAGGCUAGAUUAUUAUCUUAUCAAAACGUAUGAUGUCCUGUUCGUUACAGAUAAGUUUUUGAUUUAUAAAAAAACUAAUGAAGAUGAAGACAUAAGGUAAUUUUUGAUUUGGUUUUUAUAAUUUGCAAUCUGUAUUAUUGAUUUAAUUAUUUUAAUCAGGUACGUUGUACUAUACGAAGAGUUAUUAAGGAUUUUCAUAUUAAAACGGGGCAUGGUGGAAUUGUUAAAUUACGUAUGUCAAUGGAACAUAAAUACAAAAUUCCGAGACCAGCAAUAGAAAAGUUUUUGUCUGUAUGUGCAAUAUGUAAUUCCAAGCAAGGAGCAAAUCGGAAACUAGUUAUAAAACCGAUUAUAACUAAAGAUUUUAAUGAAAGGGGCCAAGUCGAUUUAGUCGAUCUCCAGUCAACACCUGAUGGUAAAUAUAAAUGGAUCAUGAAUUAUCAGGACCACAAUACAAAAUUUGUAUUAUUGCAUCCACUUUAAAGCAAACGGGCUAUAGAAGUGGCAAACAGAUUACUCAUUAUUUUACUUACAUUUGGGGCUCCUAAAAUACUUCCAAUUGAUAAUGGAUGAGAAUUUGUGAACUCCAUUAUUAAGGAAUUAUAGGAUCUGUGGCCACAAUGUGUGUCCACGGUUGACCACGUCAUCCCCAAAGUCAGGAAAGCAUUGAAAGAAGUAAUCAAGACAUUGAGAAUAUGAUUCGUGCUUGGAUGAUGGAUAACCAAUCUAAAAAAUGGUCAGUUGGAUUACAAUUUGUACAGUUUCAAAAAAAUUCGUCUUUCCAUCGAACAAUAGGACGACCGCCGUAUAAAGUUUUAUUCGGAUGUGACCCGAAAAUUGGAUUGUCAUCAUCAAAUCUUCCACUGGAAAUAAUAAAAAAACUAACCACUGAAGAAUAUCUUGAAGAAAUUUUAAAUAAUAUUCAACCUGAACAUGAAAAAGAAGGAAUUACAUCAUAUUGUAGCAUUUGCAAUAUAGAAAUGUUAACUGAGAUUGAAUUUUUCGAAACUGUUAUUUGUGAUUUAUGUAAAACUAGUGAAAAAAUAAACAAACAACGUCAACUUGGAUCUCAAGGACAAGAAAAGACGGCAAAAUCAUGUUAAAGGUGUCUUUUUAAAUCAUUUUACUUAUUUAAUCUAUUUUUUUGUUUAAAAUCAUUGUACUAUCAUUGUUUUUAGGGCAGUCAAACCAGAAUUCCUGAUUUAAAAAUCGGUGAUUGCGUCUUAAUAACAGUGCCUAAAGUCGAUCGAGGACCGUCAGAUCUCGCCAAUGUAAUUGCAGUUAUUGUCAAUCAGAAUGAACAUAAACUUCACCAACUCGGAACUAAAUAUGGUUUAGUAAAAGGCUGGUACAAUUCAGCAAGUUUGAAUCCCGCGACAUCUAAUUUUUUUAAAAUUACUGAAGUUAAUAAUAAUAAAGAACUUACAUUACGUGAAAGAGUUUCUUAUAUUUCUGAGGGACAAGGUAUUUUAAGUUGUAUCUGUGAACACCAAUGUGAAACAAAACGGUGUGCUUGUUUUAAAGCUUCUGUUAAGUGUAACAGUCGUUGCCAUAGCAGUAAUAAUAUUUGUAAAAAUAAGUAG